AUGUGCCGAAAGCAACCCGGCAUCGCCAUCGGACGGCUCUGCGACAAGUGCGACGGCAAGUGCCCAGUGUGCGACUCAUACGUGCGGCCGACGACGCUGGUGCGCAUCUGCGACGAGUGCUCAUUCGGCAACUACCAGAACAAAUGCGUCGUGUGCGGCGGCGAGGGCAUCUCGGACGCCUUUUACUGCUUCGAGUGCACCCGCCUCGAAAAGGACCGCGACGGCUGCCCCAAGAUUAUCAACCUCGGCAGUUCCAGGACCGACUUGUUUUACCAGAAAAAGACAAAUCGCGGUGCUGCGUACUAG